AUACAAUCAGCAAGAGAAAACCCAGCGAAAAUCACCUCCUCAAUCAAACAUUCAAAAAAUCUACGUUCAUUUCCAGAACAACCACUUCGUCAUUCAAAAUGCUUUUCUCCAAGGUUAUCGCUCCUGCUUUCAUCCUCCUCGGUGCUGCCUCAGCUGCCCCGGGUGGCCUCGCGCCUGAGAAUGCUUCUAAGCGUGAUCAACCCUCUGUUGGCGACGCCUUCGAUAAGUACAAUGAAGCUGUCAGGGUAUUCACGCAGCUUUCUUCCGCGGCGAAUUGCGACUGGGCCGCCUGUCUCAGCUCACUUUCUGCAUCAUCCGCCGCCUGCAUUGCUGCUGUUGGAGAGCUUGGUUUGGAUGUUCCCCUGGACCUCGCUUGCGCUGCUACUGCAACCUCUAGCGCCACUGAGGCAUGCAAGGGCUGCUUGUGGUAAAGGCAGCGAUUGUAGCACCCACUGAAAAACGUCCAUUUAGCGACCACGCGAUUAUAUUCUAUUUUUGUCAUGCAUUUCAAGAGAGGUGAAUAUCUUGUUUUCUGUUACGUUACUUUGUAUAUACGUUGUCCUUGAAAUGUAAAUAUAUCUCAUUCUGAGUCAAGUUGCCCUUCCCAACUGGGGCGAUUGUAUAUACACCUGGUAUGCAAAUACAAACAAAUCAUACCCUCUUCUUGCCUCUCACCAGCAGCAUCAUCGUCAUUAUCACUAUUCAAUUAUAGAUGUAUACAAUAACAAUGAUAUCUAUCUCAGUAUUUCUCAA